CCUCAGCCUCCCCGCUUAUUAUCGCGCCGUCCUGAGCAGGCUCGUGUCUUUGGGCUCCUGUUCUUGGCUGGCUGACAUCGGACAGCGAAGAUGAGCGACAACGGGGAGCAGAACUAUGCCGAUCGGGAGUCCCGAUCUGCUUCAAGGAGCGGCAGUGCUCGUCGAUCAGGCAAAUCUGCAAGCCAUUCCCCGACUCGUUCUCCUGCGCGAUCAAGGUCUAAAGAAGGGUCCAGGCAUUCAAGAUCAAAGUCACGAUCUAGGUCUAAAUCAAGAUCUAGGUCAAGAAGAAGUUCUCGACGUCAUUACACAAGAUCUCGUACUCGUUCAAGGUCUCACAGAAGGUCUAGAAGCCGCUCGUAUAGUAGAGAUUACCGAAGACGUCACAGCCACAGUCGCUCUCCCAUGUCAAAUCGAAGGCGGCAUAUAGGGAGUAGAGUAAGUUCGAAGGGAAAUCUCGGCCCCUCCCACUCGGACCGGGAUACAGAUCGAGAUGACGCGAACUCUGACCACAAAGACAAAAAGGCAAAUCCUGAUCCCAACUGCUGUUUGGGCGUGUUUGGCCUAAGUCUUUACACCACGGAACGAGAUCUAAGAGAAGUAUUUUCAAAGUAUGGUCCAAUAGCAGAUGUAUCCAUUGUGUAUGAUCAGCAGUCUCGACGUUCCAGGGGGUUCUCAUUUGUCUACUUUGAAAAUGUUGAAGAUGCAAAAGAGGCAAAGGAACGUGCAAAUGGAAUGGAACUUGAUGGAAGACGCAUACGUGUAGAUUUCUCAAUUACAAAAAGGCCCCACACCCCUACACCAGGAAUAUACAUGGGAAGACCAACAUAUGGAAGCUCACGUCGCAGAGAUUAUUACGACCGAGGAUACGAAAGAGGGGGAGGAUAUGAUGACCGAGAGUACUACGGCAGAUCCUCUUACAGGGGUGGUGGAGGUGGUGGCGGCGGUGGAGGGUGGCGUGGUGGACAGGACCGGGACCAGUUUUCUAGGAGGCGAUCUCCAUCACCGUACUACAGCCGAGGUGGAUAUAGAUCUCGAUCCAGAUCACGUUCCUAUUCUCCACGUCGAUACUGAAAGCUGAAAUGGAUUCAACCAUCUGAAAUAUGAAGCAAAUGUUUUUGUGCAUACAGUAAUGCUUACAAGUGAUGUAUGUUAUAAACUGCUUUUUGUGAGAAAAGUUCUAGUAGUUUUGUUUAAUUUUUAUUUUUCCCUGCUCCAUGUAGACAAACCCGUGAUUUCAAUUUUUGCAGAGGUUUUGCAUGUAUUUUUUAAAUGGUUUGACUUGUGAUUACCAAUUUUCCUCAAACUACUUUUUAAAAAUAAAUGUCUUUGAAAAAUAUUUUUUUCUUUAUGAUCCACUUCACCUUAUAUAUUUGCCCAAUUUUUUUUCAAAUAGUUCUCAUCCACUUUAUGGCAUUCAUAAAUUAGGGUGAUAAAAUCUGUGUGGGCAGGAAUUAAUAAACAUAGGCCUUUGGUA